GUUGUUUGAUAUUCAAAUCGAUUUAUUGUUGAAAAUUUCGUUUUGUUUUGUUUUGUUGUUAUUAUUGUUGACAUUCUAUUUGAUGCCUAUGAAUAUUUAAUCUAUCCAUUAAAAUGUCCAUCGUACAACAAAUUAUUCGAUCAAGUUGGCUUCAAAAAGGAACCAAUCAAAUUUGUCGACAAAGUGUUAAUCCAUUUUUAUGGCAAUUACAACAAUAUCGUUAUCAAUCAACAAAUCCUGUAAAAUAUGAUGAUGAAACAUUAAAACAAAUGAUCGAAAAUGAUAAAGUAGUUAUAUUUAUGAAAGGUGUACCCGAAUCACCACGAUGUGGUUUUUCCAAUGCUGUCGUACAGGUUUUACGUAUGCAUGGUGUACCAUUUCAAGCGCACAAUGUACUCGAAUCAGAUGAUUUACGUAAAGCGAUAAAAGAUUUUACUAGCUGGCCAACAAUACCACAAAUAUUUCUGAAUGGUGAAUUCAUUGGCGGUUGUGAUAUAUUGUUGGAAAAACAUCAAAACGGUGAACUUAUUGAAGAUCUGAAAAAAAUUGGUAUCAAGUCAAAAAUUCUUGCCGAAAUGGAAGAUAUGAAAAAUAAAAAAGAUUAACAGAUUUGAUAAUUCAUGAUCAUAUUUUUUAUAUAUAUU